AUGGCAACCAGGCAUGGAGAUGCCUUCCAGCAAGAAGAGAGGGUCGGGUUGAAGAGGAAGCCAACAGGACCACCGAGGCUGCUGCUGGGGAGAACCAGAGCCAGGAGUACAAAAGACGUUGAACCUGAGACCAAACUAGAGAAGAUGGAGAACAGUGAAGAUGGUCUUGGGCACUGUGAAGCUGCAGGUGAGGGUGAUGACAUCAGAAACAGGAGGAGGUGGAGGUGGUGGAGUAGAUUCUCCUCAGCUGUUAUUUGCAUCAAGGAGGAAGAUGGAUCGGAGAAGCCACCACAGGGGGCGCUGCAGGACCCCAACACUCUGAACGUCACAGAAGGAGGCUGUAAGAGGAGCUUUAAAGAGGACAAGAGGUUUAAUCUGAGGAUGAUGACCAAGAGAUUCACGACUUCAUCAGACAUUCCGCGAGCUCACAGACAGAGAGGAGGCGGAGCUUCACUGAGUCUCCAGAAAAGACUGCAGGAGUUCUUCAUGAGAGCAAGACAACCUGUUCUACUGGAAAACAUGAAGGUGGAGGAGGAGCUUGAGGAGGAGGAUCCUCGGGUGGAGGAGGAGCCUCAGGUGGAGGAGAAACGUCAGGAGGAGAAGCCUCAGGUGGAGGAGUCUCAGUUGAAGGAGGGGCUUCAGGUGGAUGAACCCACUCAACAACAGAAUGAUGGAACUGAUGGACAUCCAGAGGAGCUGAUGGUCAACCAACUGAUUGAGGAUGGAGCUGCAGCAGAGAGUCCAGAACUAACAAAGACCACUGCUGACGACUUCCAGGAUGCAGCAGAUGGAUCAGAGACGAUUCAAACCACCAGCGCAAACCAGGUUCUAGUCCAGUUGGUUUCAUCAGAGGAAGACCAGGUCUUCUCUGACCCUGAAAUCAGGGUGGAUGUUGAUGUUCAGCUGUCAUCUCAGGAGAAGACAGAACUAACUACCUCUAGGUCCCAUCAACCAUCGACCAAUAGACCCACCAUUCGGAUUGAGCUCUGCCCUCCAGAUGAUGUCAUUGAGGAAGAUGAGGAGGAAGCAUGUUGGCAGGGCAGUUCCUCCCAGCAGAACAGCCUCCACCUUUUGCUCAGCUUUGAUCAUGGUGAGCGGCAGCUGCUUCAGACGGCGCGCUCGCUGGUCCGAGCCGCCAUGACCGCCGCUAUAGAUCAGCUAACCAGAGAGCAGCAGAACGGCUGCAUGCAGCGAGAGCCACAAGGCUGCAGAGAUCACGCCUGACAACGUUUGAUCCAUACGCCAUUUAUCCUGAGGAGAAUAAAGUUUUUCCUGCUUCUCUUGGAGGAUUUUGAGCUGCUCCUGAACCAGUACGUGCUCUGGAUCUCCCACCUUAAACUUCAGAAGAAUCUAAAUCAUCAAACUUAUGUGCUGCAAACUUUUCCCAGAUCUUCUUCCAGAUUUCUGCAAAGGACAUUCGAAGCAGAACUCAUGAUCCUUACAGAUGACCAGAAGGACUCCAGAAACCAGAGGAGCUGGUUUUUCAUUGAUUAUUUAAUGUUGGGUCUAAGCUCUGCCUGAGAGUACCUGUAAUCUUAGAUAAUGUGGUGUAUUAUCGUGAUAGAACUGCUUUCAUCUCCUACAGACCUCCCCUGCUUAGGGCUGGGAUAAACUUGC